CCUUGUUUCUUUUUCGUUGAAUAAUCCACUCCCUGGUUCAUUCAUUGGCCCUUCCAGAUCCAGAAAACGAGAAAACAAAGAGGUCUCCUCCUUUGAGACUUUCCCAUUUAAGAUGAUGGCAUGGCUUCCCACUGUUGACUGUUCCCCCGCCAAUUUCCCCCAUGAAUAAACAAACCUAAAAUGCUUCUUCUCAUUUCGUUUAUUAUAAUCAUCUAAGACAGCUUUGCGGGAACUCCUACGUGCUGCUCUCCAACCAACUCAAAUCUGACGAACAACCCAAAAAAAUGGUCCAACUUCUUCUCCUUUAUCUUUUCCUCUCUGCGUAUCAGCCGAUUCCCUCAGUUUUAUCGCCCGAAUGUUCAGACCCUGUAAUGCUCUCCUCGUCUCCCACCUCUGCAAAAAAAAUGUCGCAUAAUAACAGGGGACAUUGUUUCUUGACUAGUUGACUUUCUCGAGAAAAUAUUUUCCCCCCUUUCCUUCGUUUUUCUCUCGGGAACCCAUUGCUGCUGGCAACGUGUACUUUCAUGGGUAGUGCCCCGUUUUCUCUCUUUUCUCCGCCGCAGCAUCCUAACCACCUACGACAAACCAACCCCUUUUCUUCCUUUCUGGUAAAUUGAAUCUCCCUUUUCUGCUUUUUUUUCUUUCUAGACUGCUGACUGCCCUUUUUGCUCUGGGCUUUAAUCUUAAUCCAGUCAAAUCUGGGUCUUCUGGGGAAAGAAUUUGGAGGGCAGGGGGGAAAAAGUAACGUACGAAGACGAGAAAUUCAGUUUCUUGCUUUGCAUUUGGGAGUUGCGUGAUCGUUGCUUGCUUUUAUUUGUUUAAUAACUUCUUUAUUUUCCCCGUCUCUCUGUUUUCGACUAUCUCAAUAGGCGCGGAGGAGUUGUUGAUGCAACAGUUUCAAUUGGAGAGGACUCUUGUCUUUUGAGAUCUUUUUAGGUUUUUGUUUGGUUCGGAGCGAGAGUCUUCUUUGUGUUGAUUUGAUUGAAUGAGAGAGCAUUGUUCUUCAAGAUACGAGAAUGACGAACCAAGACCACAGAAAGAAGUCUUUCCUGCAGAAGAUAUUCUCGUCAAGGGAGGUGAUUGUGACGAGAUCGACAAGAGACCCAUUCAAUUCUUCACCUGGGGUUGGGGUGAUAGGGAGGAUAAGAGAGCAUAUGCUGCUAUUGUUUCUUCUGCAAUUUGGGAGGAUGGAGGGGUGAGAAUUGAUUCCUUGAAUGAACUUUUGAAAGAAUCAAUAGUCUUCAAAAUGCUUGUUUUCUGCUCUGGAAAAGUUGGUCAGGAACCAUCUUUCCAAUUCCUGAGUGUUUUCUGGGCUAAAUUUUCCUUACUCGAUUGUCCUGUUUUGUCAUCAGAAAGGCGGAGCGGUUCUGCGCUUGAGUCUCUUUUUUCAAACCAUUUGACUUCAAGGAUGCCUAAUCACCAGACAGCUGAAGAACCAUUUAGAAUUUUCGUGGCGACGUGGAACGUGGGAGGGAAAUCUCCUCACAGUGGCCUCAAUCUGGAUGAUGUUCUCCAAGUCCAUAACCAAGCAGACAUAUAUGUCUUAGGCUUUCAGGAAAUUGUUCCAUUGAAUGCUGGCAAUGUCCUUGUGGCAGAGGACAGUGAGCCGGCUGCAAAGUGGCUUGCUCUUAUCAACCAGUCUCUGAACAGACCAUAUGCUGUAGGUUCAAAAGGGUCAAAGCCCUUUGCAUCUCUUGGAAACCCGCUUCCAUUUCAGAGGCCUUCCCUUAGGAAGGUCUGCAAGAGCUUCAGGACCGAGAAUCUCCGUCGCCUCAAGACCUGCAAUUGCAGUCAUGUGAUGGAGAGGAAGAACAACAAGGACUUCUGUCUUUGGUGCCCACAGACAAACUUAGGUGAUGACGGGUUCUCAUCAGAAGAGGAGGAGGAUGGACUCAACGGCGGUGGAUCUUCAGAUAUCGUUGCUAGUGGUGCCAAUCACUUGAGAUACAGCCUUGUUGUGGGGAAGCAAAUGGUUGGGAUUUUUCUCACUGUCUGGAUGAAGAAAGAGCAUGUUCAACAUGUUGGUCACUUGAAGGUUUCUUACAUUAGUCGUGGAAUCAUGGGUUGCCUUGGUAACAAGGGUUGCAUAUCCGUGAGCAUGUCUUUCCAUCAGACGACCUUUUGCUUCAUCUGCAGUCACUUGGCAUCAGGGGAAAAAGAAGGAGAUGAGCUGAGGAGGAAUUUGGAUGUGAUUGAGAUACUAAAAAACACUCAAUUCCCCAGGACUUGCAAAUCACCCUACAGCAACUUGCCCGAGAGAAUCAUCCAACACGACCGGAUCAUAUGGCUCGGUGACCUGAACUACAGAAUAGCUCUCAACUAUUCAGAAACUCGAAAGCUCCUCGAACGAAACGACUGGAAUGCACUCUUCGACAAAGAUCAGCUGAAGAUUGAGAGGGACAAAGGUAAAGUGUUCAAAGGAUGGAAAGAGGGGAAGAUCUACUUUGCACCAACUUACAAAUACUCCUGGAACUCAGACAUUUAUUCUGGAGAAACUGUGGACUCCAAGAACAAGAGAAGAACUCCAGCUUGGUGUGACAGAAUACUUUGGCACGGGAAUGGAAUGCAGCAGAUGUCGUACGUGAGAAAGGAGUACCGGUUCUCGGAUCACAGACCGGUAUGUGCGACAUUCUUGGUCGAUGUAGAGACCGUGGAGGGUGCCUCGAGGAGGGCAUCAUCCGCGUAUCACAUUUUAAAUGGAAAAUCAAGUUUGCUUAAUUACUGCUAACCAGAAACUAAAUGGAAAAAGAUAGAUACAAGUUUUAGUCUUUGUUUACACCCCCAUCUGCAUAAGUUAUUCUUACAAAGAAAGUAUUCCCAGAAGAGAAAGAAGGUAUAGAGAGCAUUUCCUUUUAGUUUUAUGGUUUCUUCUUUGACAUUGAGAGUCAAGUUGUAUAGACAGGAAGUGGUGGUGGGUGUUGAUAGUGGUUUCUUUACAGAGCAAAGUCUUCUGGGUCCUAGAAAUUUCAUUUCAUCAAUCUGUAUACAGACAAUUGUGAAGGAAAAGUUAAGUGGGCAAUUUGUAUAAGGUUUGAUCCCAUUGUGGGAGCCAUGGGGUAGGCUUUGUUGUUCUUGUUCUGAAGAGAAAAAGAGGACUAGGCUAAGAUCAAUGUGCUUAACUGAAAUAUAUAUUGAAUAUUAUAAUGGGAAUCAAAGUUUUUUCGUUGGUUGUUUGUCGCAAGGUUCGAACUUAGAUUAUAGCUGAUGAAAUUCUCAUUCAAAGGCUCUAGUUCCCAACUUUUUUUGUUUAUGA